GUAUAUUAUAUAGAAAGAUUCAUAAAAAAUGAAUGACUAAUCUCCUAGGACUGCCUACCUUUACUAUAUAUAGGUAGAACAGGCUCUAGUCUGUUAGACACAAAAACUAGAACAAGAUAAUUAAGAAGGUAGAGAGUAGAGAAUGCGGAGCGGCUUAAGAUUGUUGGGUGUGGUGUGGUGUGUGAUGAUGGCAACAAGAACGAGAACAAGAGUGUUAGUGAGUGGUGAGAGUGCGAAGAACGUGAGGGCUACAUAUCAUUUAUAUAACCCUGAGCAGAUUGGUUGGAACUUGGUCACUGCCAGUGCCUACUGCGCUACAUGGGAUGCCAACAAGCCCUUGGCUUGGCGUAAAAAAUAUGCAUGGACUGCUUUCUGCGGACCCGUUGGGCCUCGUGGCAGAGAAUCUUGCGGCAAGUGCUUGAGGGUGACGAAUACCGGAACUGGGACUGAGGCUACGGUGAGGAUUGUAGAUCAGUGUGCUAAUGGAGGCUUGGACUUGGACGUCAACGUGUUCCGACAAUUGGACACUAAUGGAGUCGGGAACCAGCAGGGUCACCUUACUCUCAACUAUCGUUUCGUCAAUUGCGCUGAUUGACGAAAUAUCUCUCAUCUCAGCUAUCUCUAUGACUACACCAUCAAUAAAAUAAAGCGCUGUUGGAAUUAAAUUCAAAUUAAACAAACGGUGCUAUUCGGAACUA